AUGUUACUCCGUCUACGAAAUGUGGCAGCCCUCGUCCUCUUCUUCAUAGCCUCCUGGAUUCUAUUUGGUCGACUGAGCCUCCGACCGACCUCUCCUAGGCACUAUCUGGCAACAUCUGGCAAGGCAUCACCAGAUAUCCUGAAUGCCACUCUUGGGUUCCAGUCCAUCUUUGUUAUCAACCUGGCUUCCCGCACAGAUCGCCGGGAUGCCAUGACACUAGCUAGCGCAGUCACCGGUCUUGACAUUACCUGGGUAGAUGGUGUCGCCGGCUCCGAUGUCCCUGACAAGGUGCUACCAGGGGGCAGCGCCCCGAUUGGGGCUGGGAACAAGGGUUCAUGGCGAGCGCACAUGAACGUACUGCAGCGGGUAAUCCAGGCGAACCUGACGAGCGCGCUCAUCCUCGAGGACGACGCCGACUGGGACCUCCGCCUCAAAUCUCAACUCCAACUCUUCGCCCUCGCCGCCAGGGCGUUCACCCAGCCUCUUCGCCACAACAAUGGCAGACCUCUCUCCUCCCAGCCCAACAUCAUCAACCCCCCCAGCAGCAGCAGCAGCCCUGGGCGUCCCAUCCCCCCAUCCAUACCCCUAACCCACCUGCACAGCCAUUAUCCCAUUCCCAGCCCCAAACUAACCCCCUACGGCGACGCAUGGGACGUGCUCUGGCUGGGACACUGCGGAACAUCCCUUCCUUCUUCGGCCCUCCCUGUUGCGGACAACAAUAUUAGAAGUAGCAACAACCUAGUCGUGACGAUCUCCUCAGACCCAACCGUGCCCCCACCAGCACACCUCAAACCGCACCCCUUUGCGCUGCAGGAACCGCUCGCAACACUCUAUCCACCUCACACUCGGGUAGUGCACCUUUCCAACGCGACGACAUGCACCCAGGCAUACGCGGUCAGCCAGCAGGGGGCGCGAAAGCUGCUGUACCAGUUUGGGCUGGCCGAGCGGUUGACCAAGGGGUGGGAUCUGCUGCUUGGGGACUGGUGCGAUGGACUUUUUCCCCUGCUAAAUGAUGAUAAUACUGGUACUAGUGGUGAUGGUGCUGGACGGCCGGUGUGCGUCACUGUCCAGCCGCCGCUGUUCAGCCACCACUUUGGGACCGGCGGCGCGGGGCGUUCAGAUAUUUCGGCGCCCGGAGGGGGGUUUUUGAGGGUUGCUGAGGGGGCGGGAGGUGAGGGGAGAAGGGCUAUGACGCCUUAUGUGAGGUGGAGUGUGAGGUUGAAUAUGGCGAGGUUGUUGGGCAAGGGAGGGCAGGCGAGUGAGGGUGUAGUGGUGGAUCAGUGGGCCGCCGUGGAGGACGGGAGUCAAUGA